CGAAACACAUUCAUUAGGAAACCUACACAGUUCAGUAGGAAAAGUUUGAAUUCGCCACAAAUGUUUCUGAACAUGCAUAUGAUGGCCAUUACGGAUAUCAUGUAUUUCAAGUACUUCUUGCUGAUUAUCAUUCUGGUGCUACUAUGGUGAAAAAUGCUGAUAUUCUCGAUAAAUAUUCAAACGAAGGAUUUUCGAUCAGCCUCGAAUUUUUAUCGACUCGGCAAUCGCGCAGCAUCUUCCACCCCUGGACCAGACGUGGACGCUCGGGGGGUGGAAAUCAAUAAAUCUCCGAAAUAUCCAGUCUGGAUCGCUCAAUGUACGCGUGCAGAAUUCCAUUCGAACAUGUGACAGAAGAAUGUUGUUGACGAUGUCUUGAUAAAUAUGGUGGCUGUUAUAGGGUGGAUUUAUUGUUUUCUAUGGUAUUCCAGCAUAUUAGGAGGAUAUGCUCUACUAUUUUGUCCAUUACUUCCAGUUCUGCUGAUUUCCAACAACCUUUACCGAUUCAUAACAGACAUUUUGUUUACGUAUUGGCAAUACUAUCCGACUGCUUUAUUAGAAAUUCUGUGCGGUUGCUUCGUCCAAGUGACUGGAGAUGCGAUCGAAACUGGAGAAACGUCGAUUUUAUUGAUGAACCACAGGACGAGAACAGACUGGAAUUUUUUUUGGCCCACCGUGUAUCAUUGCGUAAAAGGCAAAGGGAAAUACGCUCAUUCCACGAAGUUUUUGCUCAAGGAUGUCAUCAGGCAUAUACCUGGACCAGGUUGGGUCAUGCAACUGGCAUGUUUUUUAUACAUAAAAAGAUGUUGGACGUUGGACAAAGAAAUUUUGAAAAAAUACAUCGACUAUGUAGCCGAUUUAUCAUAUAAACACAGCCUCUUAGUAUUUCCUGAAGGCACGGAUUUCACCGAUGAAACGAAGAAAAGAAGCGAUCUUUUUGCGGAAAAUAAAAAUCUUCAGAAAUAUGAACACGUUCUGCAUCCAAGGACAAGGGGAUUCGUUUUUCUCACCCAACAACUGCUUUCGAAAAAUUCUUUGGAUGCUGUGUAUGACGUGACCAUAGUUUACCCUGAUAUCGUACCACAAACCGAAAUGAUUUUGGUCAAUGGAAGAUUUCCAAAACAAGUGAACGUUCAUUUCGUAAGGUAUCCAAAAUCUAUUUUACCUACUUCGGAAGAAGGCCUGCGAGAAUUCCUCGAAAAGAGAUGGUUGGACAAGGAGAAAACGUUGAAGGAAUUCAGAGCGACCGGCCAUUUUUUGCACGGCAAAAUCGUGAAAUGCGACAGAAAGUGGGAGCUGUACGCAGCUCUGGUCUUUUGGACCGUUCUACCUUACGUCAGUUUGUAUUUGUUCUUUGCCGUCACGUGGUUCAGAAACGCCGUUCUGGCCCACACCGUUUUCCUCGUCGGGCUGAAUUUAUUCUACGACGGUUUCCAAAAUUUCGAAAUCGACAUUCAUCGUUGGAAAAAACGAUUGAAACUCAAUUGAUAAGUGUGAAAUUGAUAUCAAUAAAAUGUCUACUUGGAUUAAUUGUUGGAAAUAUGGGGAAACAUGUUGUUGCUUUAUUUCAAAGAAUUACACUUGGAGUGAAAUCUAAACUUUGAUUUUUCAUAUGAAUUUUUUUGGGAACAGUGAGUUUAGUUAUACAUUAUUCAAGAAAUAAAAAAAAAUACGCCUGAGAAUAUCAAUAUUAAUUUUGAUUCAUUAACUUGAAAAUUAGAUUUUCAACGCUCAUAUCAAUUGAACCAAGAUUUGUAAAUGAAAUAGGUGUGAAGCAAUUUCAAGAAUUUAGUGCAUGAAACAUGUUGAUAUUUCUCAUAACUUUGUUCGUUGUGUAUAACUAGAAUAUUGACUCAGAUGUUUAGUGUACUAUGUUCUGGCAUCAGUUUCGUGAGCUCUAUCACCUGGUGCAUUGAUUUGUGAAGAAAACGAGCUAUAUUUAACUGUAAUCGGUGUCUGAAAGUUAGGUUUUGGAGCAAAAUCAGAUAUAUCCCUGAAUUUGCAAGCAAAACC